UUCUCUCCCAUCCACCCCUCUCUCUCCUCUUCAUUCCUUUCCACCUCACUAUCUCUUUCCACUAUCAUUCCAUCUCUCCUCACCUCUCCACCUCCAUCCCUCUUUGACUUAUCCAGAGUCCAUGCUGCAUGCAUGUGAAUGCUGUUUGGCCAAUCACAACACUGUUUUAAUAGCUUGUCUGAUCUGUCCCUCUCCAUUUGUAUUUUUGCAGCUCGUGGUCCUACAUCCCAGUGGGUUCUAUGCUGUGAGUCUCUACAGCAGUACUGAAUCCCAGUAGUCUGGACCACAACCACAAACAACCAGUGACGGCUGUAGGACCACUCCACUAGACCGAAACUCAACCACAGACCGUUAGAGGACUUCUCCCUGUUCCACUACCUCACUUACCAAAACCACUGUGGCACGGGAGGAAGAGGAGGAAGAUAGAAGAUCAUGCCCAGAAGGAGAGUAAAUCAUCAGUGAAGAGAAGAGGUCAUGCUCCUGGAUUAAGAAGACAGACAGACAGCAGACCAAGAGACAGACAGGCAGAUCAGACUCACGUCUCGCCAGCGGAUCCUGCUACUUCCUAUGUGAUCAAUCAACAAGACUUCCUGUCGGAGAGAUUAUGAGGAAUAGCUGUUUCACUACCCACGGCAGUCCAACAGGAAGUGAAAAGACAUGGGGACUCUGCUAAUCACCAUGACAACCAUACAGCUGUGACUGACUGUGUGAGGCCCCUCCCUCUUUUUCUACACCCAAGCUAAACCCAUUCUCCCCUUUCUGAGGACAACCUAGCUACGCCUGUCCAUCCCCCACGCUCUUUCUCCUUUAAACUCAACCUCGCUUUUCCUUAUUUCAGUCCCACGUUUCCUCCAUCUUAACAAAACCUCCUUCUUCAUUCGUCCUCCUCCUCCUUCUCUUCCCUCCAUCAUCAUGCUCAGCAGGCUUCACACUCACUCCUCCUCUUCCUCUCCAUCUACCCCCACCCUCCUCAUCCUUCCCUCUCUCAUCCUCUUCCUCCACCUUCCGGGCCUGGUCUGGGGGGACUGCUGGCUGAUCGAGGGGGACAAGGGCUACGUGUGGCUAGCGAUCUGCAGCCAGAACCAGCCUCCAUAUGAGACCAUCCCCCAGCACAUCAAUAACACGGUCCACGACCUGAGGCUCAACGAGAACAAGCUCAAAAUGAUCCCCUAUACCUCCAUGUACCGCUUCACCAACCUCACGGACCUCAACCUUACCAAGAAUGAGAUCUCCUACAUCGAGGACGGGGCCUUCGCUCAACAGGCCAACCUACAGGUUCUCCAGCUGGGCUACAACAAACUGACCAACCUGACAGAAGCCAUGAUGAGGGGCCUGGGCCGGCUGCAGUGCCUCUUCCUCCAGCACAACCUCAUUGAGGUCAUUGGCAUCAAUGCAUUGGAUGAGUGCCUCAGUCUCAACAGCAUUGACCUGUCGUCCAAUAAGCUGGCCCGCCUCGACCCCUCCACCUUUACCAUUUUGAAUCGCCUCAUGGUGUGUGAGCUGGCUGGGAACCCCUUCCAUUGUGGCUGUGACUUGUACAACUUCCUCACCUGGCUGGAGGCCUUCAAUAACGUCACACACACCUACGACCGGCUCCAGUGCGAGACCCCCAGGGAGAUGUUUGGCUACCCACUCCUGAGUCCCAUCGCGUCCGGCCACGCCGGGCACAACGCUCGGACGAUUCUGUCCUCUGUCUGCCGGGAUGGGGUCUUCAUCCCCGGGAUGACGUCUCUCCCGCCAGACUCAGAUUCCUCCGGAAUGGGCCCGGACAUGUUUGACCGUGUGGGUCCGUACCACCAACCCACCACCUCGUCUUCCUCUACGGAGCACAGCUUCAGCCCCAGCAUCAAGCUCCACCACGUGUCCCUCUUCACGGCCUCUAUCAUGGUCCAGAUCCCCAGACCUUACAGCAAGAUGUACAUCCUAGUGCAGUACAAUAACACCUUUGUCUCUGAUGUCAUGAAUCUGAAGCUCAAGAAGGAGAUGAUCACACUGAACAAGCUCAAGCCACACACCAACUAUACCUUCUGCGUGGCCUCCAUCCGGACCUCCCAGCGCUACAACCACACCUGUCUCCAGUUCUCCACCCGAGCCCAGAACCCCGACGACAUGCCGCCAACACCUUCCACCACCACCCACUACAUAAUGACCAUCGUGGGCUGCCUCAUCGGGAUGCUCUGCAUCCUGGGCCUCAUCUACUAUUGUCUGAGGAAGAAGAGGAGGCAUGAGGAGAAGCAAAAGUCCAUCUGUGUGAAGAAGACAAUUCUAGAAAUGAGGUAUGGCCCGGAGGUGGCGGCGGCCGUGGGGAACGACCCGUCUGCGGUGCAGAAGCUCCAGGAGCAGGCCCAGGGUCAGGGCCAUCACCAGUACCAGCACCACACGCACGGGGGCAAGCUACCAAUGUCUGCCUCCUCCUCGGGCAUGCUUCACUCCGCCAACACCUCUUCCUCCAGACUCUCCUCCAUCCCUCAGGAUAAGAUGCCCACCGCCUUCUCUGAGGCCAUGCUGACCAGCAAAGGCAACUACAUGGAUGUAAGGACGGAGGGGGUGAUGAGAGAUGGAGGGAUGGGAGGAGGACAGGGAGGGAUGAAGGAUGAGGAUCUAAGAGAAGAGGACGGGACGGACGUGGGGGAGGAUUCGGACGAUGACGGGCGAGGCUCGGCCUCGGAGAUCUCCACCAUCGCCAUGGAGGUGGAUAAGGUCAACCAGAUCAUCAAUAACUGCAUCGACGCCCUGAAGCUGGACUCUGUCAUGGCCGCCUCCUCCACUGCCUCUUCCGCCACCACCACCACCUCCUACCCCACCUCCCCUCCACCCACCUGCACCUCCUCCUUGACCCGUGGCCUCAUCCCUCUUUCCCCCGGCAUCACUGAGACCUGCCCGGGCCUGCCCUCCCCUACCACCAAGAUCCCCCCUCCACCGCCGCUCCCCUUCUCCGUCCCUCUCUCGGAGCGUCCGGGGAUCAGUGGCGGGGGGUUUGUGUCGCCACCCUACCGGCCGCCUCCUCCUGCGUCCGCUGUGCGCCCCGUCAUGAGGCAGAUGAGCGCUGACGCUGCGGUGGUGAUCAGUGCCGUGAAGAAGCAGUGCAGCACCUCAUCCUGCAACUCCAUGGGACGUGACCGGGAACGAGGGACCGGAGUAGGAGGCCGGGUCUACAGCCUGGACAUCCACGAGCCCCGCAGCCCGGACCCCUGCCAGCAGUAUCCAGGGGAGAGAGGCAGCCCCGCGGGGUGUGGAGAGCCUCUGGAGCGGCUGCCUCUGGUGGGGAGCGGCGGGGGAGGAGGUGGGGGUGGUGGGUGUGGUAGUGGAGGUGGUGGUGGUGUUGAUGGUAUUACCAACCAGCAUCACCAGCAGCAGCAGCAGCAGCAGGGACAGGGACAGGAACAGCAGGAGGACUACCACUGCUCAGAGCACCGCCACUCUGUCCCAGCUCUGUACUACGAGGGCUCCCACCAGGGCUCGCCGCACCAGAGGGCCUCCUUCCUCAAGCCCCUGACCCGCUCCCGCCGUGACGCCGCCUCCUACUCGCAGCUCUCGCCCUCCCGCCACCAAAACUACUCUGGGUACUCCUCCAGCCCUGAGUAUUCCUCAGAGAGCUCUCUGAGGAUCUGGGAGAGGUUCCGGCCCUACAGGAAGGGCCAGAGGGAUGAGUCAUGCUACGUCACGGCCGGGAACGCCUUAAGGAAGAAGGUGCAGUUUGCCAAAGGGGAGGACCUCCACGACAUCCUCGACUACUGGAAGGGCGUGUCAGCCCAGCAGAAGCUGUGAAAGGAAUACAGGAAGUGAGAGUGAGACAUUGUGGGAAUUUGAGUUUUGAGUAAUGGGUCUCUUGUUGAUCCCGGUGAACUGCCAAUUUGAGAUGCCAGCCGAAAGAAAAGAGAGAAAAUGAAAUGAAUGAGGGUGGUGAAAGAGUUAAGUUGAGUCUGACUCAUUUACAGUAGGUUUCAUUGAUCCAUGGCAAAACAUGUUAUCAUCAGCAGGCCCAGAGCUGAGAGAGAUGACAGUACAGCAGGGUCAUUGUGGACUGUAGGACUACUUCUGGAACCUGCUCAUCGUCUUUACAGUUAUAAUUAGAGACAGGGAGCCCAGGCCAACCAUCCAAUCAGUAUUCAGUGAACACUUCAUGUGGAAUUCACCUGUUGGAGUGUCAUUCUCUGUGCCACACUUUCAUCUGUGUGUAGAGACAGGAAAUCAGAUGACGUAUCGCCUGUUUGUGUCUGCAUUGAGUGUAUGCGUGUGUCAUCGAGUGAACUGUAUGUGUGUGUGUCAGUGUUUUUGUGUGUGUGUGUGUAUGAGUCAGUCUAAACUCCUACACAUGUUUUUGGGCGCAUGUAGGGCGCGGAGAUAAUGUGUGUGUCUGUGUUGGUGAGACAGAAACACAGUGAGAUAAUAUACCCAGAGAGAGUGAGAGAGAGAGAGAGAGAGAGAGAGAGAGAGAGAGAGAGAGAGAGAGAGAAAGAGAGAGAGAGAGGGAGAGAGAGAGAGAGACAGAGAGAG